AUGAACUGGCAAGAUGAACUUAAGGUCCUAGGUGGAUCUGGUGUUGCAAGAAAGCGAAACUCACCUCUUAAAAAGAAGCUUUCGAUCAUAAAGAAGCUGAAGAACAUAAGCUCUGAGGAUGUAGAUGCCAUCAGAAAUGAUCUUGCUCUGGAGGACAUGAGCAAGUUUACCUCUGAAAUAGUUUCCUCAUUACUUCUGACGAAAGUGCAGUCGGAAAACGACAUAAAGAAUGUUGUCCGUGUCACAUCUGCACUUGUGGCAUGCGGCGACUUUGCGAGACAGCUUACAAAUGAACUUGGAAAGGCCAUAAGCCACGGAAUACAAGACGCAGAAAGAUAUUGGCUUGCAGCCUAUUUCUUCGAUCUGCAGACUCUAACCAGAGAAACGACUGGAAAGGAGGGAUGGAGAGAAGGCCUCAUCAAGGACCUGUGCAGCAAGAUGGACGUGAGGCCCAGAGUCCUUUUUCUUUGGUACAUGAAAGAGAGUUACAAGGACGAUGCAAUACAGGCCGAAAUUACAAUCCAAGCCAAUAAGGUGGAGCCACUGGCUAUUGAAGAUGACGAAAAGCUUGCAGAAAUGGCCAGAUCUCUUGGCAUAGAAGUUCAUGGGAAAGGCGACGGCUUCAAGAAAAUGAUUGGUGUGGAGGAUGAGGAGUUCCACUACUAUACUGGGCGCACGAGCUCGCUAGAAUGCUAUUCUGGAAGUCUCGAUGCGAAGGAGAUAAGGGACUAUAUUAUCAUACAUUCAGGAGACUCAGAAAAGCUGGAUGCAUUAUCAAGAUGUAUAAAAAAUGCAAGCAAUCAGAAGGAGAUAAUCUCUGCGAUUAUACAGCUGAAGCUCAACCCAAACUUUAUAACGCCUAUAGCCAGGAUAUUGAAAAGCAUGGGAGGCAUUGGAAGAAAGGUUGUGUCCGCACUCUUCAAAGAAAUAUACCAGUCGAAGAGCAUCGGCCACAACGACGUGGUGUCCAACUGCUUGCUUAUAUCUGAGAUGUGCAAGUUUAAAGAGGCCUCUGCCGAUGAGAUGUUUGGACUUCUUGACUAUCUCUUCAAGGUCAGGAAUAUUGAGGCAUAUUGUGCCUGCCUCAACGGAAUAGGAAGAUACUUUCUCUUGAACGAGUCGACCAACCAUAGGAUCCGGGAGUUUAUUGAAAGAAUCAGAAACUACAAAACUUCGAAGACUGAUUUUAUACAUGCAAAUAAUUGUCUUUCAAGGGUCUUCUCGCCCUCACAAACGAUGCUCAAUGCCGACUAUAGGGGAUUUUUCAGGCAUUUCUUUAGAAAAGAAGUGUUCAGUGAAGGUUCUCCUAUAUGGACUCGCCUCGUCAGAAGCAAGGCUACGCUUGUGACAAUCUUCCUGCACCCGUGGGCCUUUGAGGACAUCGAUUUUUUAGCAUCUCUUGUCCACAGGGCUGGAGUGCAGGUGCAAAUGAUAGAGGUGGUGCUUUCUAGCAUCGAGAUCAUGUACGUGCAUUCAAGGCAUAAAUGCAUUGCUCUUGGCAGGCUCUAUUCAAGUCUUAUGUUACUUGAGAGAAAGGAUAAAUGGCCCCGUCUUAUCGACAAGGCAUUCAGACUUGAGAUAGACACUUGCUUUAAGUGUAAAAUCAUUAUAAUACUUCUUCAAAAGAUGCCUAUAGACAUCCAAAGGCAAUACUUCCCCAUAGUCAGGGCUUGUGUAGAUUCUGAGGAUUCUCUUGACCUGAGGAUUCUUUUCUCCAACUUCUGCGAGAGUAUCGGUGUGGAGCCCCCUGGUGUAGACUACGAAGAUAGCUUUGAUGAAGAGCUCAACUUUAUAAGAUCCUAUGCAUAG